AUGGCUAAGAAUUCACCGAAACAGAAGCCCACGACGUUGGCGGAUAAAUUCGCCUCGUGGCAGCUGAAGGCGCGUAAGAUGAUGGCGGUGAGGGUGCCCAAGCGGGCUCCCCGAAAGAUCGUCACGGAGCCGUUUUUGGUCGAGGAGGAGUACACCGGCUACGCCUUCGUGAAGGAUCUCAAGCGAUCCUGCGAGGUCUGGUGCAGCGGGCUCGUCUUGGCCCUGGUCGGCGUCCUCGUCAUGUUUUUCACAGGGGAGUACCCCAUGACGGGCGCCCACGGGAUCCUUGCCACGACGUUCGGCGCGGGAAGGAUCCAACCCGCGGCGGUGAGCGCGGCCUUGCCGGAGCUGCUUCGGGCGGUAAUUCCGAAAAUCCCACAGCCCCAUACACCCCGCCGGGCCUCCAAUGGCGAGCUCAAGAUGAUCAGCGUCGAUCUCAUGCUGCUGUUCGCGGGCAUCCUGAGCUCGGUCGCGCUCAUUGCCGCCUGCUCGCAUAUCCUUUCCGCCGCGCAGGAGGACCUCCACCGGAAGCUCGCGAUGGAGGCCGCCGCGCAGGAGCAGGACCCGAUCACCCGUGUGAAGCUCGCCGAGGAUACGAAAAACAAGUGGGAUGACUUCGACAACGAGAACGCGGAACGCGCGAAGCAGGGGCGGCCGCCGAAGCGAAUGCGGGUCGGCGUGCGCCGGAUCUUCACGGAGAGGUACCUGACGAAUUUCUUGGUGAGCGUGCUGUGCGCGUGGAUCCUUCUCGUCGUGCUGCCGCUUCAAUUGAUGGCGCCAAAGCCGAUGCGGGGCUACGGCGCGUUGUCGGUGAUGAUGAUCCUCGUCUUUGGAACGGUGAUCGCGGGUGGGUGGGGCCUGAGGGCCAUCGAUAAGUUCUGCGGGGUGGUCUCAAACACCGCCUUACUCGCGCUAUUGUGCUCUAUUUUCUGUGUCGCCUCGUGA